GGUGCCUGUGUAUUGCACAACUAGUGUAUGAGGUGGGGUCGAAAGCAAAACAUACUGAAGUUUACAACAUACAGUAGAUUGUUGUCUCUUGGCAAUUUGUGACACCGGUACGAAGUUAGUUUCUUUCUUCUUUAAGUGCAGUUUAGAAUUGAGAACAGGAGGCAUGGCAAAUAAUGCACCAGACCAGAAACUUGAUCCAAGAAGAAAAAGAUUUUUUAAAAGAAAUCUAAUAGAUGAAGGAAGCCUGCAAAAAUCUGGGAACAGGUUCAUCUUGAAGUUUCUGAAAAUUUACGAGGAGCACAUCACAGAUAAACUGAAAACAGUCAUCCAUGGAUACAUGUCUGAGGUGCUGCACAGCAUCUUCUUUCUGGGCAACAUUCACAAGAAGAAAAUUAUGCCUACAGAUUUUUUUGCAGAGGAAGACUUGCUAAAACUAAACAACAAGUUUUCAAAACCUUUUAAUGAAUUCUGCACCCACCUGCCAACCCGCACGCCUUUUUCCAUCCUCCUUGAUGCGGUGGUAAAGAUUAAAGGCAGUCAAAAUGAAACACAGGUAAUGGAGUACCUGUCGACUUUAUUAAAAGAACUGAGUGUGCCAAAACCAACCAAGAUGACAUAUUUCAACUAUUACACCUUGGAGGCCACUGUCAUCUGCAUUUGUCAUUAUGAAACGACAGGGGGAAAAACAACGAACAAGUUCUAUGGAGCCUCCCUGUCCUGCAAGGGGUUACGAGAGCAGCAGGUCAUCAUCUCCCUCUCGUGUCGACACACAUGGACUCUGAAAGUGGCUUACGCAGUGGCCCUUGCAGGUCAAGGUGGUGCCAUCCAGCUUCCACAAACAGUGAAAUGCAAAGCCUUUAAAAGAAUUGGGGGAAAAGACCACUAUUGUGAAAAACCUCCAUGUACAAAUUGCAUUAAUAUAUUCAAAGGCGUUACGUUCGAGCCUUGUCAUAGUGAAGCCGAUGAAGAACCAAAGUGGCCCUAUGGCAACUGUGCUGAAACAGAGUCUCUCAGCAAACUCCUCCAUGCAGAUUCAGCACUCUGUGAACAAGUACAAGUUCUGAAGAACAACAUGACAGCUGACCUAGACCUUGAAAGAAGCACAGUCUGGAGCCAUGCCACGAGCAGGCUGGUAGAGCUGCUUAGCGGGACAGAUUAUGUGCGUAAUGGCAAUUCGGUGCUGCUUGUCAGGGCUCUGUUUGAUGUUUCUGACACGUCUCCAGGCUCCUGCUUCAUCUGA